AUGACAGCCUCGAUUGGAACGCUUUCUCGCUCAGACAGUUUUUUGAAGGCACCCUGGUCCGGCAGCAACUCCAGCUCGACUGACCUGCAGCACCAACAGCAACUUGCUAGUUCAGAACUCUCCUCGACACAAGACGCCGACCAACGCAACAAACCACGGGCGCGCAAGCCUUCGCCUGGCCUCGCUGCGCGUUUGAAAGCUCUGGGCUUUGGCAAAGACUCAAACAAAUCCAACAGUCGCUCUCCUUCGAAUGAGGUCGGCAGGAUCGAUAAGGACCACAUUUCGAAGCUCGACCACAGCCAUCAGGCCAAUUCCACGACAACACCGAUCAUCCAACCGCGUGGGAGGGCGUGGAGCGGUGCGAGCGGCUACCUCACGCCGCAACCUACAGGAGGGAGUUAUAACGAAAACAUAGUUGUCGACACACGAGUUUUGGAGGGUGGAACACGUCGAACUGCAUCCGUGAGCUCGGGGGAUCGGGCCAUGACCACACAUGCAGAGGAAGUAGACAUGGACUCGCAGAAGUACCGACUGCCAGAGCAUACGAACGGAAAUGGUACGAAAGCAUUGUCAGAUACGAAACAAGCACACUUUGAACGAGAGCCUCCUCCAGAUGACGAGAUCCCACCGCCUCCUCUGGCAAAGGACACACCUCCUGGAGGGACAACACCUGCCGAAUUCACAGGAGAUGUUCAAUCAUAUUUCAACCCCUUUGGCCUGCAGCGAGCGGGAUCGAUAUACACGCUUUCGCGCGUCUCAUUUGCGAACCAACUUGCACAAUUGACCUCCUUACAAUUGCCUGAUGCCGAGUCUCUCUCUACGAAAGUUUCGGCUAUACCUAAUUCGAAGGCUGCCUCCAAGGCAUUGAUGGGAGCGGCUGAACAAAUACGAAGCUGGAUAUCAAAGGCCUCUGAGGUUAUUGCCGGAUUAGACGGUGAAGAUGAUGUGGAGUGGGCCGCAGCAGGCGGCAGGGAAGGUCUCGCAGAAGUCGACAAUGCCAUCACACGAUUUGAAGAGUUGAUUAAUGUCUACGUUUCAGCGAUCGAAUCUCUACAAGGCCGACCCGAUAUUUCUACCGUCUCCGCGGAUGAGUUGAAGAAAGUGGUGCUACAAGUCGAGACAAUUCUUGCUGAAUGGGAAAAGAUCAAGAACACUCUAAAAGCGGUGAAGAACUCUGUUGAGAUUGCUAUGGAAUGGGAGGAACUAUGGAAUACUGUACUAGGUGAUAUUGGUAAUGAAGUGGAUGUGCUGGCCCGAUUGGUCUUCGAGAUGGAGGAGAAGAGACAUAAGUCUCUAUUGUUGGAAACUGGUGGGGAAGGUGGACUUGACAUCAACGAACUCGAGACCAUUGUUGAGGAGACACCGCCGUCGAAGACAAGAUUGCAUGCCAACAAUCGAUUCAGCGUACCAGCUUCUUUCCCUCUUUCGCCAAACUCACCGAAUCCCUCAACAAUGGUUCAGGAUGACUCGAGCUUACUCGCAUUGUUCGCCAGGAUGCAACCUCUGCGAGCCUCGUUGGACUUCCUUCCUAUGAGACUGUCGACCUUUCACUAUAGAGCAGAGAAAAUCUUCCCAAGUGCUUGUGAAGAAUUGGAGACGAGACGAGAAGGACUCGAAAGCAGCUGGAAGAAGUUGGAGAAAGAUGCCGAAUCGUUACGGAGAGAGUUGGGCGAGGACCGCUGGGUAUUGGUGUUCAGAGGAGCUGGUCGACAAGCUCAGAAGAUGUACGAGUCCGUGGAUCGUAGCGUGGUAAAGCUCAAGGAAGCUGUAGACGCCGGAACUCACCUCGAGAACCCUGCUUCCAUGGGCAAAAAGAUCGAGAGCUAUGAGGCCAAGAAGUUGCAUUAUGGUCCUGCGAUUGAAAGAGUCUUGUCCAUCAUCGAGAGAGGUGUAAAAGAUAGGUUAACUGUUAAUGGCGAGAUCCUACGACUACACUCUGAGAUGCAGAGGAAAUGGGAAGCUUUGAAGGAACAAAUGGCCGAGCUCGACCACAUUUUGGACGAUAUCCAAGCCGACAAGAAGAAUCAACAACUCAGAGAUUCAAUCUCUAGCAUGCUAUCCAAUGACAGAAGUACAGUUGGAAGUCUUUAUGAUACCCCUGGAAGCUCACCGGCUUCGUCGGUAGUAAUGACUGGACUGGCUGGACCUGAACAUAUGACUCCAAUUCAGAACGGCAAGGUGCGAUCGAACAGCAAAAGUAGUCUACCACAACCUGGUGGCAGAAGAAAUGUCAGCAUGCCAUCAAACACGAGCCAACUUCCUCGAAAGGCACCACAGGCUUCUCCAUCGCCAGGUUCAUCCAGACAAGGAUCUGCAACCCCGACAGGGAAUCGUCUGCCACGGCCUUCACUGACCCACAUGCCGGACGGUAGGCCGCGCUGGAACUCGAGUGUGAAUACCACUGGCACCCCGAUCGGGCACAACUUCAAGCCUUUGAGCUUGACAACACCCAGCCCGCAUGCACGUACCAGCAAACCUCCCUCAGCUCAUCAGAACCGAGCAAGCGAAUCCAAGAUACCACUUCGAUCACCACUUAGCCGAGACAAUACUGCAUCCCCAGCUCCAGAGACAACACCAUCUCGCACAUCUAACUCUCGUUUGGCAUUUCGAGAUCGACUCGCUAGUCCGGGUCCUUACUCUCAACAAGUGCUUUCUCAAAAUUCACCAGCUACUCGUCCUCGACACCUCACUACCCAAUCCUCUAUGUCAGCCCUCAGCUCUACUUCCGCAAAUCGUCGAGCCUCUCUUCAACCAAAGUCUAGCGAUCCAACCUCACUCAGCAGUCCCCUGUCAAAACCCACCAGACCUGCAAGUUCGUUGGCUGGAAAUAGACGUGUCAGUCUGCUACCUCAGCCCAGAGGUAGACAAAGCUCUGGUGUGACCGGCAGAGAGUCGCCUCAGGCCAUAGCAGGAGCUGCGAGUGCGAUGAGAGCGAACAGCGGCGCUAGCAGCAAUAAAAGCAACGAGAACAAACAACCUUGGAAAUGA